AUGGCGGAUCAGAAGUCGGACGCCGACCAGCAGGUCGAGAUUUGGAAAGUCAAGCGGCUCAUCAAGGCGCUAGACAAUGCCAAGGGCAACGGCACUUCAAUGAUCAGCCUCAUCCUGCCACCAAAGUCCCAGGUAGCCCAAUCUCAGGCCAUGCUGGCCAACGAGUACGGCACCGCCUCCAACAUCAAGUCCCGCGUCAACCGUCAGUCGGUGCUGGCUGCCAUCACGUCUGCCCAGCAGCGGCUCAAGCUGUACAACCGCGUCCCGCCCAACGGGCUCAUCGUGUACACGGGCACCGUGCUGACGGAGGACGGCAAGGAGAAGAAGCUGAACGUCGACUUCGAGCCCUUCAAGCCCAUCAACACCUCCCUGUACCUGUGCGACAACAAGUUUCACACCGAGGCUCUGAACGAGCUGAUGGAGGCUGACUCCAAGUACGGCUUCAUCGUCAUGGACGGGAACGGCACGCUGUUCGGCACGCUGUCUGGGAACAGCCGCGAGGUGCUGCACAAGAUCACGGUGGACCUGCCCAAGAAGCACGGGCGCGGCGGGCAGUCCGCGCUGCGUUUCGGCCGCCUGCGCAUGGAGAAGCGGCACAAUUACGUGCGCAAGGUGGCCGAGCUGGCCGUCCAGUUCUUCAUCUCCGCGGACCGCCCCAACGUGGCGGGGCUGGUGCUGGCAGGCAGCGCCGACUUCAAGACCGAGCUGUCGCAGUCCGACAUGUUUGACGCCCGCCUACAGGCUGUGAUUCUCGCAGUGGUGGACGUGUCCUACGGUGGAGAGAACGGAUUCAGUCAAGCGAUCGAGCUGUCGGCCGACACCCUGUCCAACGUGAAAUUUGUGCAAGAAAAGCGGCUGAUCAGCAGUUUCUUCGACCAGAUCAGUCAAGAUACGGGAAAAUAUGUGUUUGGAGUGAAGGACACGCUGGCGUGCCUGGAGAUGGGAGCGGUAGAAACCCUCAUCAUCUGGGAGAACCUGGAGGUCUCCCGCUAUGUAUUCAACACCUCAUCAGGAGAGCAAGAAGUAAAGAUCCUGACCAAAGAACAGGAGACAGAUAGCAAGCUAUUCAAGGACAAGGUCACUGGACUUGACCUGGAUGUGGUAGAGAAGCAACCCCUGCUGGAGUGGCUUGCCAACGGCUACAAGAAAUUCGGAUGCCAGCUGGAGUUUGUGACGAAUCGGUCGCAGGAGGGGUCUCAGUUCUGCCGAGGGUUUGGCGGCAUCGGCGGGCUGCUCAGGUAUGCGGUGAACACCGCCGAGUUCGAGGAGCCCGACGACGUGGACCGUCCCGGCUCGGACGAGGAGUGGACGUCAGACGAGGACAUCUGA